CGGCCAGCCCUGGGGGCGGGGACCGGGCAGAGAUGAGUCAGGGCGGAUGGCCUUGGCAAGGCGCUGGCUCUUGCUGACCGGCUCAGGGGUGUGCGCCGGGCGGGGCUGGAGCCUGGCCCAGCUUGGCCCCGAGAAGAACCAGGCCUGGGCAGCUGGGCCCUGGCCGGAGCGGCCCGGUGAUGACUCCGGGGUCAGGCCGGGCCCAGCGCUGGAGGGGAGGCGGGCGAGGCCGGCCCACCACCUUUGCCACUCGCGUCCGCCCCCCAGAGGCCCGUGGCCAGCUACUACCUGCUGUCGCUGCUUCUUCGUGCGCGUCUGGGGCGUCCGAGGCCCGUCGCGCCACCCAGACGGGCCCCCUUCUCCGGUCCGAAUCCCGCGAACGGCGCUCGGCGCGGGGGCCCGGGGCGCCCGGGAAGACACGGCCCGGGACCAGGCCGUUGGGCAGCAGCUGCGAGCGGUGGACAAUGCGGCCCGGGCAGAACCGCGCUGCGCGAGUGGGGCCGGGCAGCGCGCGCGUGGCCGAGUGUGGUUCAGACAUGGCGGAGGCUCUGCCACCUCCCAAUCUGCCCCCCAGGCCGGCUGGGGCCCCCAAGUUGCACUGCAGAAGCUUUUCUCAGUUUUAAGGAGGGAGCUGGCCACGACUGGUGCUGAGAAGGUGUGGAGCGCACAACCGAAUGAAAUGGCAUCGGUCCAGCCUGGACGAGGCAGGCUCACCGUUUCUCUGCCUCGCUCAGACACGCCUGUGGCAUGAGCAUCGACAGACAGUCCGGUGCUGGCAGAAGGACCUCCCUCCCGGGAUGUGCCGGUUUGCGAAGCAGGAGGUGUUGUGCCUUCCACCAGUCUCAGGAGGAGGCAGGCUCUUCUUACACUGUGUUGCCUCCGAGGGCCUGUAGUAGGUGAAGAAUGGGCCCUAAAGACACCAGGUGUGAAUCCCUGGACCGUGUGAAUGUCGCAUACGUGGAAGGGCUUUGCAGAUUCACUUAAAUGAAGGACUGUGAGACCCGGAGAUUAUCCUGGUUUCUCUCAAUGUAAUCAAAGUGUCCUUUCAAGAGAGAGGCAGAGAAGAGGACAAUGUGACCACAGAGGCAGAGACUGCAGCAUCAUGUGGCCACAAGGCGAGGAACCCUGGCAGCCACCAGCGGCGGGAAGAGACGAACAGGUUCACCCCCGGAGCCUGCGAAGAAGCGCGGCCCUGCCGAGAGCCUGCUUUCUGUCCAGUGAUUCUGAUUUUGGACUUCGGGUCUUCUGAACUGCGAGAGAAUGGAUUUCUGCCGCUGCAAGUCAGCACGUUUGUGGUAAUUUGCUAGGGCAGCAUAGGAACGUCAUAAGGCCCCAGGGACAUUCUUGGUUCGGGCUCCACGGUACACCAGGCCCCUCCCUCAUGGACCCGAGCAUCAGACUGGAGAGAUCACACACACACACACACACACACACACACACACACACACACAUCCCCUGUCUCCCCGUCCCUUCUGCGCCUUCCCCUCUGCCAUCUGCUUGCGCAGCAUCUCUGCCCUCCCAGGCUGUCCCCUCUCUGUCCAGCCCCUGUUUGUUUGGCUGGCCCUCUCCCAGCCCUGCUCUCUUCCUUUGUCCUGCCCUGUCCUUCUCCCUCUUCCCUCACUGCCAUUUCAUGGACAUUGGCAGGUGGGAACGGGGUCUGGGUGGCUGACAGUGUGGCCACUGUGGAAGGGCCACUUUGUGACUUUUGUCAUCGCUGGGCACUUUGCCUUAGUGGCCCCUUUCUU